GGAAGAUGUAAAAACCACUCGUAUACAUGAGUUGAAUUUGUGCAGAGCAUUAGGCACUGGGCAUAAGGUGAAAUGAACCAAAUACAGAAUUUGCUCUAUGAUGCCCUGAUUAGCACACGGCACGUGGACAGUGCUGCACUCAUCAAGAUAAAACAAGGUGUCGUCAUUACAUCCCCCCCACAGUUUACUGUGAAAACGCAGCAGGUUCAAGAUGUGAUUAACGCCUUUAAGAAUACUCCUGCAAUACGAAAAGAAGGACUUUGUUUCCAGGGAAAGAAUUAUGAAUGCAUCCGUGCUGAUAAAAACUCCAUCUACGCUAAAUAUGGAGGUGAGGGUAUUGUGUUAGUUAAAAGCAAAUCUCAGAUCCUGAUUGCCACUUACCGUGAGGGCAUGUAUCCCAGCGUGUGUGUAGAGAGUACUGAGACACUAGCCUCUUAUUUCCGGGAGAAGGAGACAUAACAUUACUCAGCUUUCUUUACAUCAGAAGAUGCCCUGUAGUGUGAAGAAUAAGUAUACUAAACUCUGAAAGUAAACUUUACAAGCAGUUUAUAUGUAGUGUAAGGACAUAUCCUACAUGGACUAUUAGCACUGUAUAAUUGGAUACUAUUGUAUAGGAUUUAAGAUUAUCUAAGACUCAGGACUCAAUUUUCAAAAACUCUCUACCUUGAAGUAAAAUUAUAGUGCAGACUUCAGAGGUGCAAAACUCUCUGAAUUCUCUAAGAAAAGGGGAGGAAUCUGGAAGUCCCAGGCCCCUGUAUUCAAAACAUCUAUAUAUAUGGCGAUAUAUUCCAAAAAAAUCGGCCGCACCUCUCUGUCCCAACAAGUGGUGAUAUAUCCCAUAGGAUAUAUUAAGGAUCGCAACUUCUGCAGAAGUCCACCGACAUCAUCACUUUGCUGCAAUGUAGGGGAGGGGGGCUCUCUUCAAGGUGUGUUUACGAAAACAAAAAUGGUUUCUGUGUAGUAACAGUUCAAACUAUGCAUAUGUAAAUUCAAUUUCACUGUACAUUCACUAAAUUUGUCAUGCUGGAAAAUCUCGCCACUGAAAAGCUGGCGACACAGAUAUGGCUAAAAAGGUAUAGCUAAAAUGGAGGACAGUGCUUUGAAUAUUGGAAACCCACGGAUAUGUUUCUCCAUUAAAAUACAGGUUGCUCCCAUGGAACGCCCUUGAAACUCCCACGGAAUGCCUAUUAAUUUUUGAUGAUGUCUUCAAUCCACCUUGUUAAUAAAUAAAUAAAAAAAUAUUGCUAUUAAACCUA